AUGGAUUGCUUACAAGAAGAUUAUCACGUACUACGUUUGAAUGGGUUCGCUCACGAGAUUAACGCUAAUGGGACGAUUUACUGGGCUCGUGCGAUUGUUUUUCAUGGAUUUAGUUUCAUGUCGAAAUGUGUUUUCAAAGCUGCAGUGGAGACAAGAAUUGUGGCACAUGACCCAAGGAAGUGCGACAGCAGCAUUGUUUGGGGAAAGCAUUUUCAUCUGCACAUCUCUGAAAUGCUGGUACUUUUGAUCGGAGAUCUGCACAUCCCUCAUCGAGAGUAUAACCUCUCGGCGAAGUUCCGGAAGCUACUAGUGCCAAAUAAAAUGCAGCAUGUGCUUUGCACUGGGAACUUGUGUAAUCGUGAAAGUGUCGAUUACUUGAGAACGCUGUCCCCGGAUGUCCAUGUAGUGCGUGGAGAGUUUGAUGAUGAAUCGUUGAAGUAUCCGGAUACAAAAGUGGUUACUGUAGGACAAUUUCGCAUAGGUCUCAUUCACGGUCAUCAGAUCAUACCAUGGGGAGAUGAGGCGAUGUUGGAGCAACUGGCCCGACAGCUUGAUGUAGAUGUAUUGGUGACUGGGCAUUCUCAUGAGUGCAGUGUGAAAGAGAAAGGCGGACGUUUCUACGUGAAUCCAGGCAGCGCCACUGGCGCAUUUUCAGUUACUCAUGAUGGCCAGUUAAAUUCAGAUAAUUACGAGUUACCGUUGAUACUUCGAUAUGAGGACUCUUCAUCAAUGUUCCACUUAUUGCCAAAGAGUCGAUUUCGUCGGGCCACAUACAACUUUCCGAAACAGGCAGUACCUGCUGUGGAACAGGAAGGACCAGAAAUGUGGAAUACACACAUACCUGAAGAUGUUGAAGUAGAAAAAGAGAACAACACGGUUGAUCAUAAGUACUAUAUAACAACUAUUUAUUUGAAUCGCCACCAACAAAUGGAUAAUUAUUGGGUUGACAUCGACGCGAUGUUGAAGAAGCCCGGAGUUGUGGGAAAUGCCAGUCAUCCGCUUUUGUCUGGAACGUAUCGAAGGGCUGUGGGUGCGAAGCUAAGCUUCAAGUUCCCGUUCUACGGUCAUAUGAUGACAAAUCUUACAAUAGCUACUGGAGGCUUCCUCUAUAUUGGGGACCAGACACACAAUUGGUUGGCGGCCACACAAUACAUAGCCCCUCUCAUGGCGAAUUUCGAUACGAUGCUUGACGGAUCGAGUAUCCUUUAUGCUGAUGAUGGUGAAAAGUUUGUGGUGGAAUGGAGGAAAGUUCAAUUAAGAGAGCAACACCAAGCUGGGCCGUUUACUUUCCAAACUACACUUUUCAAAAAUGGAUCUAUAGCAUUCGUCUAUAAAAAUGUACCCAUGAAUGUUUCAAAUAUAAGCGAUGAGCAGCAUCCGGUCAAAUGCGGUAUUAGCGAUGCCUAUCUGUAUCAUCAUAUGUUUAUGGCACAUGGGACGAUGAGUCCAAAGCGUGUCAUAUAUGAGUACCACCGAAUUGAGAUCCCCCUAGAAAAAGUGGUCCCUGAUACGGUCGUUUACCUUGAAGCGCAACCAGUGUGCAUUCAGUAUCAAUCUUGUGAAGAGUGCUCUAAUGCAUCGCUGAAGCACUUCACUUGCACAUGGUGUCACGCUAAGAAAGCCCACGGAGGGCCUUUUUGCACAGACCAAGGAGGUAUUCAUCGUCGUCGUCAACAGUGGGCAGAGAAUAAUUGCAAAAAUCAAGGGAAGAAUAUGUAUUGUAAUGCUGCUACUGAUGAAGAGGAGGUGGAAGAUAGCAGCUCGACUCCUUCGUCUGAGCAACCGUCAUCACCGGAUGAUGUAAUACCUCUGGACAAGCCGCGAGUGGAUAAACUCAGAGGCCGUACUAAUGGAGGUGGUUAUGCUGCGCUCGUUUUUACACUCGGAUGUUCUCUUUGCCUCAUUGCUUGGUUAGCAUAUGCGUACUACAAUCCCCAUACUACUAGUGGCCAACUCCUUAUUCUCUUCAACGAUGAAGUUUCCGUAUACGUACCGCCCUUCUCGUUGGAGAACUCCUAG